CGCGAAAUGCAUUAUGGGUCCACUACUGAAUGCAGUUGCCUUCGUAAACCAGACGCAGAUUGUGCGACCUAUGUGCCUGCUACGGUGGUAUCUGUUUUUCUUGGAUUUUAUCUCUCUGUAAACUAAAGAUAGCAGCAGCAAUGGAUGCAUCUGAAGCAGAAGCCUCAACCGAGAAUGAGAGAACCGAGGAACAUACAGCAUCAGCUCAAGAAGAUGGCCGAGAGAAGUCAAAAAAGGCGUGUUUGAAAAGGGCCGCAGGUGCAAACACAAAAAAGAAGAAGUCAACAAAGGUGUAUUUGAAAAGAGCUCCAGAUGCAAAUGUAAAAAAGAAGCCAAAAAAGGCUCGGGUCUCCAGCUCUGCCCAGCCUAACUACACUGUCCAUCAAGGGGAAGAUAUGCUUCUUAUUGUGUCGAAUUCCAGUUCUCCGUAUGAGGAUUUGAUAUCCUGGCUUUUUAAAAGGAAUGGAAGCAAAGAGAAGUUGGCUAAAGGAGAAGCAAAACCACUCCAUGCCAUGCCUAAACUGGAAAACAAACCAGUUAUGAAAGAAGAAGUCCCAGAAUGGUUUGUAACUCAGCAAGACGAUGACUACAGAUGGGGACAGAAUCUGCCUGAGGAGGUGCUAAUCAAUAUUUUUCAGAUGGUGGUCAAUCAAGAGGGAGCGGUACCUUUUCUAUGCAGAGUGGGGAGUGUUUGUCGUCUGUGGAACGCCGCUGCCUCCACGCCGAUCCUGUGGCGCAGAGUGACUCUCGGUCACUGCUGGAUCGCACCGGGGAAAAAGCAGGGGCCUAAAACUAAGAUGAGGGUCAAGGACACUUUGGACUGGCUGGCACAGAACAGAUUCUCUCAGCUGCAAGACUUUUCUCUGUAUCACUGGACAAAGAACGUCAACUAUGCCUUAGAGGUUGUUUCGCAGUACUGCCCUCACCUUUGUUCCCUCAAACUUUCUUACUGCACAGGGGUGACGGCGGCGGCCUUCCGCACCCUCGGUCUGAACAGCAGCUCCCUGCACAGCAUAGAUGUCCAGUUUUCAGAGUUUCAGGUUGAAGGACUCCUUGAGUACCUUGUAAAUCAUGGGAGCCGGAUCAGGCAACUGCUGUUCACUCACGGACAAAAGAAUGACAAACUUCUGGCUGCAGUCACUCGGGGAUGCUGUCCAGAGUUGGAGUUGCUGGAGGUCAACACCAGGCUUGACAGUAGACACUGUGAACUUCCUGUUUGUAUCCCAGCACUGCAGGUGGCAUGUCCUAAACUCAAGACCUUCCGGAUGCUGAACGUCCGUCCUCUUCGUAAGGCGAUGCGUUCUGGCGUCGAUUCAACUUCGGGCUUUCCGUUUCUGGAGGAGCUUUGCAUCGCGACCACAUCUUAUUCCUACUUGACUGACAAAGAUUUGUGGAACAUUCUCUUCGACUCCACCAAACUGCGAGUUCUGGACCUCCGAGGCUGUUCGGGAAUCACACCGUCUUGUCUCGCAGCUCUACCCUGUCUUGAGCUCGAGUAUUUGUUCUGGGGACAGUACUUCAGCAGGCGUGAUGCGUUGUCGUCGCCUAAGACAGGACUUGGCACAGUGACCCAAAAAUGGAGUCAAACUUUACAGGAGCUGGACAUAGCAAAUCACCUCUUCACCGAGGAAGACUUGGAGUUAGCGAUGAGUCACCUUUGCUACAGUGAGGCAGAGACGCUGCGCUCACUAAACCUCAGUGGGACCAAAAUCACACCACGUGCACUCAGGCCAGUCAUCCAACACACGACUGCUCUCGGCUACCUCAACCUCUCAUCCUGCCGCUAUCUUCCAAGAGGCAUGAAGAGGAUUUACCGAUGCCAGGAAGAAAUUCGGCAGCUGCUGGACAAACUGGAGUAGCUUCGUUUUGGUUCCAGAAAUCAGAAACCAAAUUCACACGGCAAACUUGAGUAUCUUAACACAUGCCUGUUUUGACUACAUCGUUUAAGUAUUUUGAAUAUUUUGGACUAAGGAUUUUUGUAGAUGUUUUCUCAUGCCUACAGUUCAUACAAAAUACUUUGCAAACCUGUCACUACUGUAUUAAUCUCAGGUGUUUGUUACGAAUUCAGAUUUGAACAGUUUUUAUAAGCACCACUGUGUGUGACACAGAGGACUGUAAAGAGAACUAGAUGUUCCAGGUUUGUUUUUUUUACAUGAUUCUGACCUCUUUGUAUACUUUAUUUAGGGCCCGAGCACGAACUGUGCGAAGGCCCUAUUGUAUUUGCUCCGUUUAUUUAUUUUUUUUUAAUUUUUUUUUUUUAUUCAGGCAAAAGACAUGCCUUUUUGGGGGCUUUAUCAUAUUCAAAAACUCAUGAAACUUUGCACAUGCGUCACACCUGGUGAAAAUUUAAGUAUUUUAAUGGCCUUUGGCAAGGGCCCGCCAAAAUGCCUCAGUAGCGCCCCCUAAAGUCUAGCCCCACCGCUGUGUUUCAUGUACAUUUAUGAAACUUACUACACAUAUGUAUCACAUCCAUACGCACAAAAAAUCCUCUUGGAGCCAUGCUCUAAACCCAACAGGAAGUCGGCCAUUUUGACUCAAAUAUGCAAAUUUGGCGAUUUGCACCCUUCAGACUUUCUCUAAUAACUCAAAGAGUUUAGAAGUUAUCAACUUCAGAUUUGGUGUGUUUCAUCUACACACCAAGGGGAAUCUACAUUUCAAAAAGGGGGCGUGGCCCUUAUACCCCCCUGAAAUUUGAUCAUUCGCCAUGAAAUUUUGAUUGGCUCUCAUUCAUACCUACAUACUCCAAUCUGGAUCAAACUUUCUAGGUACGAUGAGUAUCCGCCCCUGAACACAUACAUAUGGCAAUAUUUUAUGACAAUCGCAGCGCCACCUAGUGGGAGCAGGAAAUGUCAUAUUUUACACUUUGAGGUCCAGCUGCAAGAUGGUUGAGCAGAACUAUCUCAAAUUUCCCCUGGAAAGCCUUAAGGAGUUGGGCUUACACUGUUUUAAAAACUGUGAGCUUUUGCCAAAGGGCGUGACCAUGGCGGGAGGGCAAAAUUUGAUGUUUCACCAUCAAGACAUAAAGGGCUGUAACUCAAAGACACAUUGCCCAAUCUGUCUCAAACUUCAGUGGUUUAAUAAGCCUCCUGCCCUGAACACAUUGAUAUGCAUAAAGUCUAUAAACGUUAGAGCGCCA